AUGUCUGCUUUUACUUUAUCUUCAAGAAUUGAAUCGCCGUCGGAUCGAGAAAAUCAAGUCUUCACGAUAUUAAAUGACUACCUCCAGCCCUCUAGCUCCGUCACAGCUUCCGACGCGGCGCAGAGCAUCCAUGGCUUUGCGAAGCCACUCCUUUCCAAUGCGGAAAGCUUGGAGAACUUUCUUUAUGAAUUCUGGGUCAUUUUCAUUAACCUUGCCAAACAAAUUCCCUGUAAUAGCCCAUCGCAGGAGCGUUUGGUGCAGCUUGUGAAGGCGUUGACUGAGAUACAACCAACAAAAAUACAAAUUUGGGGGGAUGAUACGAGUCUUUGGGUGGACCUACCACUUCUGGGGCCAGAGAUGAGAGAAGCUUGGAAUCUGGUUCCAACAGCCAAGGAAGCCACAGAAUCGGACCAAGGCGUUCAGGACUGGAUCAGCCUAAACUCAUUCAUCGCACGCCUACUACCCCUAGGUAUUGUGGAAUGGUCGAAUUUCGCUGUAUGGGCUCUGCGCGAUGCCCUCGAGGAAGAUUCUUCGGGCGCGAAGCUUGACUGCAAUAUUGCCGUGGCUAGGGAGUGGUUCAGACACAGCGGACCUGUUUUGCAACAGCAAACCACAGUUGCAGAGCAGAAGGAGGAACGCGCUAUGGCUGGUGGCCCAUUGUACCAGGGACCGGCGAAGCUAUGUCCUGAACGGUGGAAGUUCUGGAAGGAAAGAUUGAGUCAGAUCUCCACGGAGGGCGGGGAGGUUGCACGGGUCGCAUGUGCGGCUAAGGAAGCGAUGGAUCAGGCUGAGGGUAAUUGA